GUGAACGUUAACUGUCGCCCAGGUGCAAUGGCUGUGUAGUCCAACAUAAGACGUAUUACAAACGCGAAGCGCCAAUUUUCUCUUUGAAAAAGCGGUCGCAGUGACGUGAUAGUCGCAGCGUGCGUGAUUUAAUGUCUGGCCAUCCCUGAGGCCCGAGGCCCAAAUAUGAGGGAAUAAGUCCUGGCUAAGGGACUACGAAGGUCGAUGAAGUGCACUAGCGGGCAUCCUGUAAAUAUUGUGUUAAUAUGACAGACGGCCAAGGCUAUCGCAGGUACUGAUCAGCAGGCCAUCGCACACGGAAUAUUGCAGUGUCAGAACUCCCACAAUUUUGAUGCAGGAAGGUGAGUUUUUGCCAAUUGAUGUGUUACAGAAAUGAAAUGCAUAAAGUAAGCAAAAAUUGGGUUAUCAAAGAUUCAUGCAAACCUUCGACACCACACAGCGCCAUAAAAGCCGCGGAAGCUGGGAAGUCCACCUGCCGCCGACAUGUUCACUUGCACACUCGUGAAGAGGUUGGCAUUGCCGUCAAGAUUGUACAGGAUUUUGAAGCAUCCUUCGCAUGGACACCUCCGCUCUCAACCUAUCCACGUGAUGCGGAUGACCUGGUUCAGAGAGUAUCUCGCAUGACGACGUUACUGCCGAAUUUGCGGCUCCCAACGAGUUGAAGAAGACUGAAGAAGUUAAAGUGCCGGAUCCGGAGCAAUGCACAGGCUAUUCUAGCUAGAUUAGGUUGAGGUGGUUGAUUACAAUAGCGAGGAUGAUGGAUGGGACGAGGCAAUAUCAUUGAUGUCAUCGUUUGGAAUGAAACAUGUUUGGUUUACGCUCCGAAGUAUGACUUACAUCCACUAAAGAGGGAAAGUGUUACGUAUUCGGGGGUUCCGCCGGCCACGAUGUUGUAACAAUUUUGUGGCAAACACGAAGGAAACCGAUUCAUGCUCGGAUAUCUUUAAGUUGAUAACUGCAAC